UACGCGCAGGCGCAGACCGCUCCCCGGAGGCCCGACGGCACCGAGAGAGAAAGGCCAAGGAGUAAAGCCAGAAGAAAAGGGCUGCUAGGAUAAUGCCUGUUGUACCAAGAUAGUAUCCGCUGAAUCACAGUAUCUUUUCAUUAUGGACUAACUGAUUUAUACAAGAUGUCAGAAGACCUUGCAAAACAGUUAGCUAGCUACAAAGCUCAGCUCCAGCAAGUUGAAGCUGCUUUGACAGGGAAUGGAGAAAAUGAAGACCUACUAAAACUAAAGAAGGAUUUACAGGAAGUGAUAGAAUUAACCAAAGAUCUCCUUUCAACACAACCAUCAGAAACUCUUGCAAGUUCUGAUAGUUCUGCUUCUGCUCUCCCAAGUCACACUUGGAAGGUUGGAGACAGAUGUAUGGCCAUAUGGAGUGAAGAUGGACAGUGUUAUGAAGCUGAAAUUGAAGAGAUAGAUGAAGAGAAUGGUACAGCUGCAGUCACCUUUUCGGGAUAUGGUAAUGCUGAAGUCACACCCCUGCUUAAUCUGAAACCUGUGGAAGAGGGAAGGAAAGCAAAAGAAGACAGUGGCAACAAACCCAUGUCCAAGAAAGAAAUGAUUGCCCAACAACGAGAAUAUAAAAAGAAAAAAGCUUUGAAAAAGGCACAACGCAUCAAAGAACUGGAGCAGGAAAGAGAGGAUCAAAAAGUCAAAUGGCAACAAUUCAACAACAGAGCGUACUCGAAAAACAAAAAAGGACAGGUAAAGCGAAGCAUCUUUGCAUCUCCUGAAAGUGUAACAGGGAAAGUUGGAGUUGGGACAUGUGGAAUUGCAGACAAACCCAUGACGCAGUACCAAGAUACAUCCAAGUACAACGUCAGACAUUUGAUGCCCCAGUAACUGAGGGAAGAAAUGACUAAACAUCACCUCUGUCGGGCUUUACAUUUACCUUUUUAUUGUUAUAUUUUUCUAAAAGUAAACUAUUGGUGCGUAGUGAAAAUAGUUGUUGCCAUCAGUUGGCUUACGCUGGUACAAGCCUUAAGUAAGUAGUAGAAGUUCAGAAUGACCCCUUUACUGUUCUCAAAUUAAAUAUGCACAAGUCAGACUAGUGGGGAAAUUCCCUUUUUAUUAUCCAGAAACCUCCGAUCUCUAGAGUGUCCUCACUCACACAUUAUCUGGAAUACCAUCAAUACCAAAUGACUGUGUAAUAAAGUAGUCAUCCCAGCUUUCUUGCCUCCCCUCUCCCCCCCACCCCCCAAUGUACUUAAUAUACUGGUAGUCCUGUUAUUAUUGCAUGGACAAAUACUGAGAAUUUUUUGUUUCUCUGGAGCUAGCUUCCAUCCCAGUUUAAUGGUGAGGUCAAAUUUUGAUUUGCCCAUGUUGGCUUGCUUGGGGGCACAGUCAGAUGAUUCUCCAACCCCUCCUCCUGUCUCACUAACCAUGAAAUGACCAUAGUGCAUGGGCAGGGGUUGCAGUGGCUCAACGGUAAGUCUAGGAAGUGUUGGAUAGCUAGUUCCUCAUGUGGAAUUACUGUGCUAUACAGGGUCCUAGCUAGAAUCUUUCCUUUUUAUAAGAAUUGGGAAGGAGUUUACAAAGUUUAGCUGGGUGGUGUGCUUGCCAUUCAUUUGAUUGCAUUCCUGAGAUCAAUGAUCUACUCUUGUUGUGAAGUCACACUAAACUUCAGAGGUGUUCUGAUGUUCUUUUUGCUGUAAGGUUUGCCCUGUCCGCCCCCCUCUCACCUCCAAGCUAGGAAACAUGAAGUAGAGGUUCAUUUUUGUCAUGCUGAGCCUCACAGAGGCUGAGAAAGCAGCAAAAUGUAAAAACUCUUUCCAAAAUCAGUGCAAAGCUUGACACGUCGUGCCACUCUAACUACAGGCUGGGAGAAUAGUGGAGGAAUUGCCUAGAACUCAUAGAAAAUUUCAACAGACUUGAGAAGCACAAGCUCUUCUAGCUGCUUCCCAAUGCUUGUACUAAGCAUGUCCUUCAAGAGCAUGGAGGAGGGCUAGGAUAAUCUAACUGACUUGCACUCUAUCUCUAAAUUACAUGCAUCUUGAAAUUUACCCCCGUUUUUUCCCAGUUCCAGGGAAGUGGGGGUUCAACAGAGAACAAAAAGCGCACUUGUCUCUGCUUCUCAGCAGAACCUUAUGUCAUGCUCAGAAUGCAGCCAUGGGCUGAGUAAGGUUCGUUUGUUGCUUUCCAAGAUAGGUUAGCACUUUAAAUGUUGGAGGAGUUAAAUGAGAAGUAGUAAUUUCCAUGGAAGAAGUGACGAGUUACUUGAUACAUUUGUGUACCUGAUAAAUACACAGUAAUUCUACCCAAAUUGUACUGAAUCAAUUUUAUUGCGUAUCCAGCUGGUUAACUGCAUCAGGACAUUCCUCUCAUAAGAAUGCUGAACUUCAACUUUGUUAGUAAAGCUGGGCCACUCUGAUUUUUAUUUGGAAAACCAUGUGUAAAAGUUCUGGCCUUUUUGUAUCUUGUGGAUGCAGUUGCUUCCCUUUGCCAGUCUGUAUUGUUUAGGGUGGUAGUGCCAUCUCUCAAUCUUGAAAUGUGUUUGAAGAAAAAAGUUAAUGUAUAGCCCUGUAUACAAUGUAGAUAAUUAUUUUUGUAAAAUAUGGUGUUAAGUUAAUGAACAAGACUGGAUUUCAUUAUUUCUCCUGCUAGAGUAAUUCUUGCUCAUUAAUCUGAACUCCGUUCCCCAUGUAUAUUAUGUUACAGUCCCCUUUUGUAACUUGUUUUCUGAAUUAAAAUGAGAUCAGGUACCAUCAGGAUUUGUUGAUGCCCAAUUAGUGAAAAUGUCUGUCAGUUUACCUGAGUCUAAAAUCUGUUUUUAGUAGGCUAGACUCCAUUCACACAGAGAGGCUCUUCCUGUCAAUGGAAAGAGGAGGUAAUUUUUAUGACUGUGUUGAUUUCAGUUUUGUAUGUUUGACUUUUAUUAAAAUAAAAUGUUCAAAACCA